CAUCACCAGCAAUGAAGCUGAAAUUUGUUGAAGCAACACAGGAUAAAAGUUUUGAAGACCUGAAAAUGCUAAGAAAUAUAGUAUGUUUACAAAUAAACUAAAAGCUAUAGAAAAGAUAUUUACAAGAGAUUGCAAGAAUUUUUAUAACAAUAACUGUGGUUUGUAAAUAAAUUACGACCUGUCUAAAAUGGAGAAACUGCAAUCGUUUUUUAUUAUAUUUAUUUUUACUGUGACAAAAUGCAUAAACACAUCAUCACAGAAUUUACAUGAACCUAAUUCGCAACUUGAUCCAGAUCCAGAAUUUAUUGGCAGUAUUAACAAUGUGACCUAUCCUGCAGGACGAGAAGCUAUUUUAGUUUGCUCUGUUCGAAAUUUAGGUAAAAAUAAGGUUGGCUGGCUGCGUGCAUCUGAUCAAACAGUUUUAGCGUUGCAAGGACGUGUCGUAACGCAUAACGCAAGAAUAAGUGUUAUGCACGAAGAUAUACACACUUGGAAAUUAAAAAUAAGUAAACUGCGCGAAAGUGAUCGCGGCUGUUAUAUGUGUCAAAUAAAUACGAGCCCCAUGAAGAAACAAAUAGGUUGUAUUGAUGUGCAAGUUCCUCCGGAUAUUAUUAAUGAAGAGUCCUCCGCGGAUCUCGCUGUUCAAGAAGGCGAGGAUGCUACAUUGACUUGUAAAGCGACAGGCAAUCCAAUGCCACGUGUGACGUGGCGACGGGAAGAUGGUGAAAUGAUUUUAAUCCGCAAAACAGGCAGCAGAGAAUUGAUCAAAGUCGAAACUUAUAAUGGCUCCUCACUUAAGUUAUUGCGCUUAGAGCGGCGGCAAAUGGGUGCUUACUUUUGUAUUGCAUCAAACGAUGUCCCACCUGCAGUUAGUAAACGUGUCUCUUUAAGUGUGCAGUUUGCUCCAAUGGUGCGUGCCCCCAGCCAGUUAUUGGGUACUCCAUUAGGUUCAGAUGUACAGCUCGAAUGUCAUGUUGAGGCAUCGCCUUCACCAGUUUCCUAUUGGUUAAAAGGUGUACGCACCCCUAGUGGAUUUGCAAGUGUGUCAAGUUCCAAUGUUGAAUCAGGCCAACCGGGUCCAGAAAUGUUGUUGGAUGGGCCGAAAUAUGGAAUAACAGAGAAGCGUGACGGUUACCGUGGUGUCAUGUUGCUUGUUGUGCGCUCAUUUUCAGCCUCUGAUGUAGGCACUUAUCAUUGUGUAAGCACAAAUUCUUUAGGGAGAGCUGAAGGUACAUUAAGACUAUAUGAAAUAAAAUUGCAUCCUGGGGCUUCGUCAAUAAACGAUGAUCAUCUUAAUUAUAUUGGAGGAUUAGAGGAAGCGGCGCGUGGUCCAGCGCAAUCACACAACAUUUCUCGUAGCUAUCUACAAUUGACGUUUUUGCAGCUUUCAUUUUUGUUGUUGUGCAAUAAAAUCUAUUAUAUGGAAGUAUACAUCACAAGAUGAUGCAAUGUUUUAACAAAGUAAAAACAUAUGCCAUAAGAUUUUUAAUGGUGCGAAAUUUUGGUUUAUUAAUAUGAAGAGUGCAUAGACAAGACGUAAACACUGUCAAUAUGAGAACAACUGCUAUUUUUUGUAACUAUAAUUUUAAAAUAAAAUUUUUAUUCGUAUAAUAUAGUCAUAUCUUUACUUAAGUCAUUACUUAAGUUUAAGUUGAUUAAAUAUGAAUAUGGCAUGAAUUAAAUGAACUCAGCAUAAGCAAACACAAAUGUACUAGAACGGCAAUGCAAAAAUGUCACAUCAAUUGUAACAAUUCUAUACAAAUUUAAUCAAAUGCAUUAAAUAUCUCGAACGAAUUGGAUAAUUAUAAACAUAAAUAAAAAACUGUUCUAAUAUCGUUAAAAACUAAAUAAAUAAUUAA